CAGCAGAGUAUAACUUGUGCUUCUCUCUGUUACUGUUCAAUAACCAUUGUUAUACUACUAUUAUACUACUGUUGACACACUCACAUCAUGGUCAAAGAAACAAAGCUCUACGAUCUGCUCGGCGUCGCGCCUACCGCGUCCGAGGCAGAGAUCAAGAAAGGAUACCGCAAGAUGGCGCUCAAGUACCAUCCCGACAAAGCCGGUGAUGAUCCAAAGGCCGCGGACAAAUUCAAACAAGUCUCAGAGGCGUACGAAAUCCUCUCCGACUCCAACAAACGCGCAGUCUACGACCAAUUCGGCCUCGAGUACGUCCUCCACGGCGCGCCGCCACCACCCGAAGACGGCGGUGGCGGCGGCGCGGGCGGAUUCCCUGGUGCAGGAGCGGGCGGGUUCCCUGGUGGAUUCCAGUCGUUCAGCGCGGGCGGACCCGGUGGCGCGCGGACGUUCAAGUUCACGAGUAAUGGCGGCAACCCAUUCGGCGGCGGCGGCGGCGGCGGAUUCACGCCUACUGAUCCGAUGAAUGUAUUCAGCUCUGGUGGAGGGGGAAGUCCGUUUGGAGGGAUGGGCGGGAUGCCGGGUGGGAUGCCGGGUGGAAUGCCUGGCAUGAGCGACGGAUAUCGAUCGUCGUCGCCGACGAGGGAAACCCCUGCGUCGGUGUACACUGUCAAACUCCCGCUGACGCUCGAGGAACUCUACAGCGGCGCGACAAAGAAGAUGAAGAUCCGGCGGCGCAGAACACACGGGCAGGAAGAGAAAGUGCUGCAGAUCACAAUCAAGCCCGGCUGGAAGGCGGGUACAAAGAUCACGUUCCCCGGCGAAGGUGAUCUCCAACCCGACGGACGGAGCCAGGACGUUGUGUUUGUCCUCGACGAGAAGAAGCAUCCUGUCUUUACGCGCGACGGAAAUGAUCUGAAAAUGGACCUCGAGCUCACACUCAAAGAAGCGCUGCUCGGGUUCUCAAAGAUCGUGGGCACGCUGGACGGCAAGAAGAUAAAGAUCGAGUACAAGCAGCCCGUGCAGCCGGGGUUGGUGAUUAAAUACCCCGGCCACGGAAUGCCGAUAAGCAAGGAACCCGGGAAACGGGGCGACCUGUCGAUCGUGGUGAAGGUCACGCUGCCGACUUCGUUGACGGCGAGUCAGAAGGCGGAAUUGGAGAAGAUUUUGUAGGUUUAGUUGCAUUUGUGUGGGUUUGCUUUUGUUUUGUUGUUUAGUUGGGCAUCGUUAUAUUAUAGAUUAAUAC